AAAUGAUUUACAGAAAUGGAUUGAACGGGAACGUCUUGAAAACAAUAUGGAUUUGAAGAAUGCCUAUUCACCAGGACGAUUUCAUUCAGCUGAGUUCCGUUUAGACUAUUAUCAUACCUAUGAAGAGAUCAACGAUUACAUGAGCUAUUUGCAAACUAAAUAUCCUGAUAUGGUAGAGGUAAUUAAUUUUGGUGAAACCUAUGAAUUCCAUAAGAUUAAUGGACUUAAGAUUGGCAAAAAAUCAAACGACACAAAACCAGCAAUUUGGAUUGAUGCUGGAAUUCAUGCGAGAGAAUGGAUCGCACCGGCUACAGCAGUGUAUAUGAUGUACAAAUUAACGGAGAAACAUGAGGCUGAACCCAUUAUUGGACAAUUGGUGGAAAAGUUUGAUUGGUAUAUCAUUCCGAUCGUUAAUCCAGACGGUUAUAUGUACACUUGGUGGUCCAACAGAUUAUGGAGGAAGAACAGAGCUCUUCCAAAAGCUGUUCCAAUUCGAUAUCCAUGGAAUCUGUUUGAAGAAUGUAUCGGUACUGACCCUAAUCGCAACUUUGACAUUGAUUUUGGAGGCUACUCUACAAGUCCAAAUCCGUGUUCAGAGAUGUUUAAAGGAGAUAAAGCAUUCAGUGAAAAGGAGAGUCAAGCCGUCAGAGAUGGAGUUCAGAAAUUGGGAAAAUCUUUAAAAGUCUUUCUCACAUUACAUUCAUACUCUCAACUUUGGAUGAUACCUCAUGCAUUCACAACUCAACAUUCUCCACAUCAUGAGGAAUUGUAUGAGAUUUUAAAAAAUGUUUCUGCUUCAGUUAAACAAGUACAUGGGGAAACUUACCGCUUUGGACCUAUGGCAACAACAAUUUAUCCAUGCUCAGGAUCAUCGCCAGAUUGGGUAUACUCAAGAGUAGGAAUUAAAUACAGCUUUAUAGUGGAGCUUCGAGACAAGGGUGAACAUGGAUUCAUUUUGCCCCGAGAUUACAUCUUACCAACAGCAGAGGAAACCUGGGAAGGUGUCAAAACACUUGUUGAUCUAAUAAAAUUGGACGAAUAAUAUCCAACUUGUCAUUAAUUUAUAAGUUUUGCCAAAUAAAAAAAAUAUUUAUACGCAAAAAAUAGAAAAAAAUUUCACAAAACACAAUCUAAAUAAACGCAAAGGUUUUCAAAUGUCACGAUAAGAAUUGAUUUGGAAAUGUCCAAUAAUUCCCUUUUUAGACACAAUCAGAUAAAAAGCCGUUGAACAAUACAUGAUUAGCUAAACAGAAACAAUAUUAUCAAUUAUCUUCUGGUUAACA